AUGUUUAGCUUUGAACUGCCGCAGGAAAAUCUGAUGAACUUCAUCGUGGCCAUCAUUUCGCUGGCCACCAUGGUCAAGUUUAUGAUGUACAUAAGGCAGCUAAAUAAAGUUAAAGAAAUCGAGAAAGUGCUUGUUAAGUUGGACAAACGAGUGGACACCGAGGAGGAGCUGAAAAUUCACAAGUCGAUGACAAAAGAGUUAAGCCUGGUAUCGAAAAUGUUCAUAUUGGCCUAUACAGCUAAUGCUGUCAUCGCGGAAUCGUCCUUUCUGUUUCAGGAUAAGCGAACUCUGCCUUUUCCCACCUGGUUUCCUCUGGACUGGAAGAACUCCAUGCUUUACUAUUUGCUGGCUCUGUUGUAUCAGUUUCUUUCGAUUACUGCCCAGAUUUCACAAAACUUUGUGGAUGAUCUAUUUCCCCCGUUGGUGCUUUGUCUGAUAGCUAGGAAUUGUGAGAUGCUCAUCCAUCGAAUCUCUCUCAUUGGCUACGAUCAAAGCGAUCAACGAACUAAUGAACAACGCCUCUACAGCUGUAUUCGAGAUCAACAGCAGCUCUACAGAUUACUUGACCUUUCCAUGGAAAUCUUUUCAGCCCCGAUGCUGCUUCAGUUUAUUGUGAUUGCCAUCGAUUUGGGAGCUGCCAUGUGUGAAAUUGUCCUCUAUGGAGACAGUCAGCUGGACCGUCUCUACUAUAGAACCCUAACCAUUGGUCUAUUCCUGCAAAUAUUCCCGAUCUGUUAUUAUGGAACCCUGGUGGAACAUGUAUUUGGGCGUCUUCACUAUGCGGUCUUCACCAGCAAUUGGGUUGAUCAGAGCAUCGUCUAUCGCAGGACUGCUAUUACCUUUGCAUUUCGAACUCAGAAGGUUCCACAAUUGAUGGCCGGCAACGUUAUACCAAUUUCCCUGACCACCUUUCUGGCCAACUGUAAGGCGGCCUACUCGUUCUUUACAUUAAUUGCGGACACUGGGAAAGAAUCUAAUUAAACUAUGAAUUUUCUACAUAUUUAUGUUUACUUUGCUUAAGGAAA